CUCCAUUUCUUACACAAAUUUUCUAUACCUCUCCAAAAUACAAAGUUACAAACCUUUUCCAAAACACAUCAUUUUAUUAUUAGUAACAAAUUGCAACUUCCCAUGGAUAAUUUACCUAAAUGUGGAGCUAAUUAUGUGCCUCUUACUCCUCUCACCUUUUUAACAAGAGCCUCUAAUUCUUAUGCCAACCGCACCUCUAUUAUUUAUGCCAAUGUUGGCUUCAAUUGGCGGGAAACCCAUGAACGUUGUUGUCGCCUUGCUUCCUCCCUUCGCUCCUUAAACAUUGUCAAGAACGACGUGGUCUCAGUCCUUGCACCAAAUGUACCCGCCAUGUUAGAAAUGCAUUUUGCUGUGCCUAUGGCAGGGGCUGUGCUCAACGCCAUCAAUACAAGGCUGGACGCUAGAAAUGUUGCCCUUAUUCUCAAGCACUCCGAAGCCAAGAUCUUUUUUAUCGACUAUGAAUACAUUGACAAAGCUAAAAAGGCCAUUGAAAUACUAAUGUCCGACUUUCAAAUGCCAAUGCCUCUUGUCGUUGUCAUUGAUGACCUUGAUUCCCCUACUGGAAUCCGGUUAGGGGAGCUUGAAUACGAGCAGUUGGUAUUCCAAGGCAACCCUGAAUAUGUCGUUGAGAAUAUCGAUGAUGAAUGGGAUCCAAUUACUUUGAGCUAUACAUCAGGUACAACUUCAGAGCCAAAGGGAGUUGUGUACAGCCACAGAGGUGCUUUUUUAAGCACUUUGAGUUUGAUUUUGGGAUGGGAGAUGGGUACUGAGCCUGUCUACUUAUGGUCCCUCCCAAUGUUUCACUGCAAUGGUUGGACUUUCACGUGGGGAAUAGCUGCAAGGGGUGGCACAAAUGUUUGUAUCCGCAAUACAACAGCCCAAGAAAUCUACUCCAACAUAGCGUUACACAAAGUAACGCAUAUGUGUGCUGCGCCUAUUGUUCUCAGCAUAAUCCUUGAGGCCAAGCCACACGAGCAGCGUCAAAUAAUGACCCCGGUACAAGUUUUGGUGGGGGGUGCACCCCCACCAGCACCACUGCUUGAAAGAAUCGAGAGGGUGGGAUUCCACGUGGUCCAUGCCUAUGGGCUCACGGAGGCCACUGGACCAGCCCUGGUGUGUGAGUUUCAAGCCAAGUGGAACAAAUUACCGUGGGAAGAACAAGCCAGGUUAAAGGCAAGACAAGGGCUGGGCAUACUAACACUUGCUGAUGUUGAUGUGAAGAACUUCAAGAAUAUGGAAAGUGUGCCUCGUGAUGGGAAAACAACAGGGGAAAUAUGCCUGAGGGGAAGCAGUAUCAUGAAAGGGUACUUAAAAAAUGAAAAGGCGAAUUCAGAAGUAUUUAAGAACGGUUGGUUUUUCACAGGGGAUAUGGGAGUGAUUCAUCCAGAUGGGUAUUUGGAAAUCAAAGAUAGAUGCAAAGAUGUAAUCAUAUCAGGUGGAGAGAACAUUAGCAGCGUUGAAGUAGAAAGUGCAAUACUAAAACAUCCAUAUGUAAUAGAGGCCUCUGUUGUGGCAAUGCCACAUCCAAGGUGGGGUGAAAGUCCAUGCGCCUUUGUUAUAUUGAGGAAAGACUCGAACUUGAAAGAAUCAGAUGUCAUAGCACACUGUAGGAAAAACUUGCCGGGAUUCAUGGUACCAAAGAAGGUUCAAUUUGUGGAUGAAUUGCCUAAAACAGGAACCGGGAAAGUGCAGAAGAAUCAUUUGAGAGCAGUGGCAAAGACAUUUGUCGUGUCUGAUCAAACAAGCAAAAAAUCAAGCCAAAUAAAAAGGGAAAAUCCUAGAUCAUACAAUCAAAAUUAUGAGCAGAUUCUUGCUCUGUCUCGUCUCUAGAGAUUGAAGAAAGACUUAACAAGUGUUUGAACUUUUUCUUUUUUCUCCUUUUGGCUGCAGCUGAGUUGUUUAACUCUCUCUAAUCACAUCUGUAAUUGGUGUUAACUGUAUGCGUUGUCUUCGGAUAUUUAGUUUUUAAUACUUCAAGAAUUUGUUUAUAAUUUCAUGUUAA